AUCUACAGAAGUGGCCCAAGGUCUUUACUCUUUAGUGCCUUCAUUUCAUCUUUCAGUGGCAUAACAAAGUUCUAUUGUUUUAGAAGGAAAAUCAGAAAGUGAAGUUUAUAGGUGGAAAAAAUGAAGUCAGCAAAGGCAAAAAUUCAAAGGGGAGCAAGUUCAUCAAUUGAAAUUCAACAUCAAUGUACACACGCGGUAAAUGAAAUUCAAGAAACGUUACAAAAUUUGGAGCUUCCCCUAUCACUUGAGUGUUGCAUCUAUAGGGUUCCACCAUAUCUUCGUAAAUUGAAGGAGGAACACUACACUCCCCAGGUUAUUUCAGUAGGGCCCUUUCAUCAUGGCAAUGCAGAAUUAAGAACCAUGGAACAACGCAAAUUGAGAUAUCUCAAGUAUUUCAUUCAACGUGUAGAGGUUUUUGAUAUAAGUUUGGAGGAUUUAGUGAGGACUAUAAAGGAGUGUGAAGAAAGUGUUCGAUGUUGUUAUGCUGAGACCAUCCGACUUAGCAGUGAUCAUUUUGUAAAGAUUAUGAUAGUGGAUGCCAUUUUCAUUCUUGAGUUGUUUUGGAGAGACUACUUCAACGAUUGGACAAGUGAAGACAAUGGUGCAAGUAUAGAGACAUGGUUGAUGAAUGCUAUUAGAUUUGACUUGAUUUUACUAGAAAAUCAACUUCCAUUCUUUAUUUUGGAGAAACUAUUUCACCAUGCAUUUGCCUCUCAUCCAAGCUACUCCAGGUCCUUAAUUGAAGUCAUGACAUUUAACUACUUUGAUUAUUACAACACUCAAGGCAUAAGUUAUAGUCCGCAUUUGAAAAUGAAACACUUUCUCGAUUUGCUUAGAACCUUUUGGCUACCUCCAUCGGAAAAGUUACCAAAAAGAGGCAAUGACGUAGUUAAGCAUUUGCACUCUGCAACAGAAUUGUAUGAGGCUGGAUUGGUGUUUAAGAAGGGUUCAAGCAGUUGCUUAUUUGAUAUAAACUUCACAAAGGGAGCGUUGAAAAUGCCACCUUUAACAUUAGACAAUUCAAGCGAGACUAUUAUCCGAAACCUUCUGGCUUUGGAGCAAUGUCAUUAUUUUGAUAAAGCAUACAUUACAGAUUAUUUUAUCCUAUUAGGUUUCCUUAUUAAGACUAACAAAGAUGUGAAUUUACUUGUUCGAAAGGGGGUCAUGCUUAAUUUGCUAGGCAACAGCGAUGAAACUAGACAUUUGGUGAACAGUGUUAUCGACAAUGUGAUAUAUGCUGACAUGAACUCCGAUUAUUAUCGUGUCUGCAAGGAGUUGAAGGCGUUCUAUCGGAAAUCGAUUUUCCCUUGGCAUAGUUGGCUGGAAGCUUUGCAACAUGAUUAUUUUAGCUCUCCUUGCAAAGUUGCUUGGACAAUUACUGUUAUUAUCUUUUUGGAAACCAAGUCAGCAACCAGGGUUAAAUCAGUUAAUGAUGUUUACUGUGUUAAUCCAACGAUGGAGACUCAUCAUUAG